ACAAAAGAAGCAGGCGCUAACCAUCAGUUAAACUCUGCACCUCUUGAAGCAUCUCUCCUCGCUUUCAUUAUUACGGCAGUUUCCGCGUGCUGUGAGUAGACGCUGUAGAUCGCCCCCAUGAAGUUGCUUGUGUUCGUCAUUUUCAUAGCAGUUCAGACUAACAAAGGAAGUGCACAUAAGAGGCCUGAGAGUAAGACAUCUCCAUCCAUCAUGCCGUGCAAUGAAAUAACUGUGAAAAACCCCCAUACCACAGUAUCACCAAGCAAGCAUACACCGACUUCUGCAAAUGGAAGUGUUUCAGCAGCAGCUUUGAAACCCACAGUCCUCUGUGCUCACACCUUGGAACAACAUGUGUCUAAUUCUAGUCCAAAACAAGGGAAAUAUACCAUAAGAGACAAACAGCACAAUGUAUGCAUCAAAGCAGAUAUGGGUCUGCAGUUUUUAAUAGUGAGGAAUAAGAAAAAUACAUAUUGCAACAUUAAUGCUGGUUAUGCAAGUUUAGGAGGCCAAUGUGGAAAAACUACAUCAGUGUUGUCAUUAUCCUUCAAUGGAGGGUUUAUUACUUUCACGUUUGCUAUGAAUGGAUCAUAUUAUUAUGUGGAUGACAUUAAUGCUAUGGUGACUAUUUUAACUGUGCAAGAGAAGAUUCAAGGUGCUAAAGCAGUAACUUAUGGAAGAAUAAACAACACCAGAAUGUUUGAAACUGCUAUUGGUAAAUCAUACAAGUGCAACAGCCAACAAAUAUUUUCAUUUACAAAUGACUUCAAGCUUAUAACUCUUAACAUGCAGAUCCAGUCAUUUAAUAUAAGCAAUGAUUCAUUUGGAGAGGUGCAAGAAUGUGCCAUUGAUGAAACAAAAAGAAGAAUCCUGCUAAUACUGGGAGCAUGUCUGGUUGGAAUAACCCUUGUCAUCCUUUUGAUAUACUUGAUGAAUCGGGAGCACAGAAGAGGCUAUCAAACUUUGUAAAAUAAGGAAGGAAAAGGCUUGCCAUUAAUGGCAAAAAGAAUCCUGUCUGGCUCAUCAUACCUGAAAAAGGGUUUUCAUCUGUGUUAUUUUCAUCUUUAACAAAUAAAAUAUACAUUUUGAAUUACGUUUAGUUUACAUUGAAUGUUAAACAUGUAUACAAUCCAUUCAAAUAAAAUAAAUGCACAA